AUGCCCGAAAGCGAAUACUCCUCUAGGCUUCCAUCAUUACGGGGUACUAUUCUCUCCAUAUUCUUCUGCAUUGUUGCUUCACUUGCAUUUUCUGCUGCUUCUGCUAUUGAGGUUGGCGAAGCCAAAGCUCUGCUGAACUGGAAAGCGAGCCUUACCAAACAAAGCCAAGCGACAUUGUCUUCAUGGAACAGUAAUGGCACUGAUCUUUGCAGAAACUGGAAGGGAAUUUCAUGUGAUGAAGAAUCCGUGUCGGUGAUCAGUAUAAGACUGUCAAAUCUUAGCCUUCAAGGUAAACUUCGCUAUCUCAGCUUUGCUUCGUUUCCUAGUCUGCAAUAUUUUGACCUGAGUUACAACCACUUCUAUGGCAACAUUCCCCAAGAGAUUGGUAACUUGUCCAGUAUUUUGAAGUUUGAUUUGUCAGAGAAUCCUUCAAUUACUGGUCCCAUUCCUAAAGAAGUAGGAGCUUUGAGCACUCUCAGUGUUCUUGAUCUUAGUGCAUGUAAGCUCACGGAUAGAAUUCCUAGUGAAAUUGGGAACUUGAGGAACCUAACGGAUCUGGUGCUUGGUCAAAAUUCUCUUUCUGGUUCCAUUCCAGAAGAGAUUGGAAUGUUGAGUGAUCUUUUACUACUUGAUUUGGCCAAAAACUCCAUGUUAUCUGGCAGAAUCCCAUCAUCAAUUGGAAACUUGAACAUGUUACAAGAACUUUAUAUUGAUUUUUGCAAUCUCUUUGGUCCUAUACCAAAUGAAAUUGGAAAACUCAAUUCUCUCACGACAAUUUAUUUAGAAAGCAAUAAACUUUAUGGGUCAAUCCCUCCCUCUAUGGGGAACUUGAUAGGUCUUGAGGAGUUGGUCUUGUCGAAUAACAAUCUUUCUGGUUCAAUUCCUCAAUCCAUUGGAAACUUGAUCAAUUUACAAGAAAUCUAUCUAGAUUAUAACAACCUUUCAGGAUCUAUUCCUUCCACUAUAGGAAAUUUGACAAAGCUCAACACUCUAUUAUUGAUGGAGAACAAUCUUAGUGGUCACCUUCCAGGAGAAAUGAAUAACAUAACUUGGCACAAUUUACAACUGGGUGAUAAUCAUUUCCAAGGCCAAUUACCACAACAGAUUUGUCAGGAUGGGAAGUUAUAUAGGUUUGUAGCUCAAAAUAACCAGUUCAUGGGUCCCAUUCCAACUAGUUUGAAGAACUGUUCUAGUCUAGAAAGACUCAAGCUUCAAGGUAACCAACUAACUGACAAUAUAACAUAUGCUUUUGGAGUAUAUCCUUAUUUGGACUUCAUUGAUCUAAGUGGAAAUAAAUUGUAUGGUUACCUUUCAUCCAAGUGGGGGAAGUGUCGAAAUCUUAAACAAUUGUUUAUUCACAAUAACAACCUUUCUGGUGAAAUACCAUCAGAGAUGGGGGAGGCAGCUAAGCUUGUUGAACUUGACUUGUCUUCAAAUCAUUUGUCUGGACAAAUCCCAAAAGAACUAGGCAAGUUGAUAAUGUUGACAAAACUCUUUUUGAGCCACAAUAACUUCUCUGGUAACGUCCCCUCAAAUAUAAGAUCACUUAGUCAACUUGAAACAUUGGAGUUGGCCACAAAUAAUUUCUAUGGCUUAAUCACAAGAGAGCUUGGGGAACUAAAAAACUUAAAGUUCUUGAACUUGAGCAGAAACAAAUUUGAUGAAAGCAUUCCCCUUGAGUUCGGUCAACUCCAGGAGCUUGAACAACUUGAUCUUAGUGACAAUUUGCUCAAUGGAACAAUACCAUCAGUGCUUGGAAUGUUACCCAAAUUGCAAGUAUUGAACCUCUCACAUAAUGAUCUCACUAGCACCAUUCCUUCUAGUUUUAGCAGAUCAAUGUCAGCUUUGACUACUGUUGACUUAUCAAACAAUCAAUUAGAAGGCCCCGUUCCAAACAAACCAGUCUUUCAAAUAUUUGAAGGAUUGAAGAAUAAUAAAGGUUUGUGCGGUAACGUCACUGGUUUACAUCCUUGCAGUAAUUCUCAAAUGCGUGCCACAAUGCACUUUGAUGAUAGAUAUCUCAUUGGGAAAGGUGGCCAAGGAAGUGUUUACAAGGCAGAGUUACCAACAGGUGAUAUUUUUGCUGUAAAAAAGCUUCAUUCCUUACCCAGUGGAGAAAUCUUCAGCGAGAAAGCUUUCACAAGUGAGAUUCGUGCUUUGAUAGAAAUCAAACAUCGUAACAUUGUGAAGUUGUAUGGUUUUUGUUCCAAUCCACGAUUCUCUUUUUUGGUCUAUGAGUUCUUGGAAGGUGGCAGCUUGGACAACAUACUAAAGAAUGAGAACCAAGCCACUAAGCUUGAUUGGAAAAAGAGAGUGAAUGUUGUUAGAGGUGUCGCCAGUGCUUUAUUCCAUAUGCAUCAUGGCUGUUCAAUUCCUAUUGUUCAUCGUGACAUAUCAAGCAAGAAUGUUCUUCUAACUAUAGAAUAUGAAGAAGCUCGGCUCAUUGACUUUGGAGGAGCGAAGUUUCUCAAUCCUGACUCAAAAAAUGUGACCACAUUCGUUGGUACCUUCGGGUAUGCUGCUCCAGAGAUUGCAUAUAUUAUGGAAGCAAACGAGAAAUGUGAUGUUUACAGCUUUGCAGUGUUGACUUUAGAGAUAAUUAUGGGAAUACAUCCAGGAGAGCUUAUUUCAUCUUUGAUGGAAAAAUCAACCGCGUAUGAUUUGCUAUUAAAGGAUAUGUUGGACCCACGACUUUCACCGCCUAGGAAAUCAAUCCUUGACGAGGUUAUUGCAGUUGCAAAAAUAGCAUUUUCUUGUUUGAAUGAGAAUCCUCAGUCUCGUCCAACCAUGGAACAAGUAUCUAUGAAGCUUGAUCGGCGACCAAAGCCUCACAUGGAAGAACCAUUUGUCACGGUCACAAUUAGACAACUAAUGAAUGAUUAA